AAAUUGAAUGAAUGCGUCAUACAGCGACACCUGUAUGAUGCAUGUAGACUUGCAGUGAGGAUACUGCUGGUAAAAAGGUUGCGAACAAAAAAACGUACAAGGCAGCGCGCAAGGCUCCCUGAAGAUUAAAGCGCGGCCAGGGUGGCUCAUGUCCUGUCAAAUGACAGAGAUGCGCUGUUCUGAGAACCUGACUUGAGACCGUAGACCCGUCUUGUCGUUACGUAAGGAUUAGUAUCGUAACUUCAAAGAUGCCGGAGUUGCGUGUGUGGUAGUGUGCGUGACUCUUAUGAUUCAUAACUUGAAAGUGGUCCUGCUGUGGAUCAGAGCCGAUGUUCGCAUUUGCCGUCAGCGUCUCUGACGGUAUAGAUGUUGAGGAACCCUAUUCUCAGAUCCCAAGAAGUGUGGAAUUUGAUGGAGAAGUCUUCUUCCCAUCGUGAAUUGGAAUGGUUCAAUGCCUCAAGACUGGGGAGCUCGAAAGCCGUGAGUUGGGUGUUGGAGGUUCCGCGCAUCAUUACUCAUUGAAAUUCCGUUGGACUUUGCCGAAAGCACAGCGGCAUAAGUGGCCGCGGAAAGAUGAGUCCCAUAAGAAACGACAUCAGGUUUCAUCCGGGGAUUGGCUGAAAAGGACUGAUAGUAUUGAUGUUGCAAUUCGUCAUCAAACAACACUGGAUAAGUUCUUGAAAAAGAAAUCCUCGAGAGGCAACCUGUUCAAUUCAACGUCUGAAGAUUUCGAUGUUGCUCAUCCUGAACCAUAUUUUCAGAAACCGAAUGCAAUGGAGUGUCCUGUGAUGGAAAAAGAACCCACGCCGAGAACACAGCGGAUGUCGGAGACGAAUGUGCCAAGUGGCGGAAAUAUCCCCGCCGUUUGUGAGGCUUCAUUUGAUUCAUUUCAUCCAGAAGUAUUGCCAAGUGUGGACAUCGCGGAGUUAAUACCGCAAGAUGAGACCCCCUCUGGAAUGAAAUCAUCGCGGAAGCCAGAAGUGCUCUGUAAAAUCUCAUGCGCUGAAAAUAUGUUUCGUGCGGAAGACACGAAGUAUUCGAUGAGUGAAAAUUCUUCGCAGUUGAACUUGCCGCUUUUGAACGAGGAGGUUAAACCAGCGAGGAAGCAAGUCAAGAUUUACAGACCUGUGGCACUUAAUCUGUCCUCUUGUGAUGUGAGAAAAGUUUAUGGUAUCCUGAUGACGCAGCUUUUGGUUACGGUGGCCUUCAUCUGCUUGUUCCUGUACAGCGAAGGAGCUCGACUCUACUCACAACAACAUCCUGAACUGUACAUAAUUGCCUUGGUAAUGCUCUUCGCCUGUAUGAUUGCAUUGGCAUGUUGUGAGGGUGUGAGACGCAAAUCUCCUCAUAAUUUUAUCGUUCUUGGAAUUUUCACUCUGCUCGAAGGAUUUAUGCUUGGAACGGUAACGGCGCAUUUCCAGAAAGAUGAAGUGCUUAUGGCAGUUGGAAUCACGACGGUUGUGUGCCUCGGAUUGACUAUGUUCGCCUUCCAGACGAAGUAUGAUUUCACAGGAUGGGGUGCCGGACUUUUUGUUUGUCUCCUGGUGCUGCUCGUUUUUGGCAUAGUUGCCAUUUUCAUCCCCGGCAGAGUAGUAAGCUUGAUCUACUCGUCUUUGGGUGCGAUGCUAUUCUCACUGUAUUUGGUGUACGACACGCAACUAAUGAUGGGAGGCAAUCACAAAUAUGCCAUCUCUCCAGAGGAAUACAUCUUCGCCGCCCUCAAUCUGUACUUGGACAUCGGUUUUUAUUUUAUGGGAAAUCGAUCUGCGAUCAUGAGUUCUCCGGUUGUUAUUUCUGCUGGUGCGAAGCACACGGCCACGUUGAUCUUCAUGCAUGGACUAGGGGACACUGGGCAUUCGUGGGCCUCUGUUCUGGCAACUGUCCGACCGAGUCAUGUAAAAAUUAUUUGUCCACAUGCGCCGGAAAUGCCAGUUACGCUGAAUGCCGGAUUCCGUAUGCCAUCGUGGUUUGAUCUAAAAACUUUGGAUCCGAAGGGGCCGGAGGACGAAGAAGGCAUCAACCGAGCUCGAGCAACGCUUCGUGAUAUUAUUGCGGAAGAGGAGAAGAAUGGUAUCAGCAGCGAGAGAAUAGCGAUAGGGGGAUUUUCUCAAGGUGGUGCAUUGGCAAUGUACACUGGGUUAACCACACCGAAAAAACUUGCCGGCCUCAUUUGCCUUUCCUGUUGGAUACCAUUGCAUAAAAAGUUUCCUGCCGCUUUGGCGAAAGAGCAAAAGGACACGGCGAUUUUCCAAGCUCACGGAGAAAGUGACUUCACCGUACCGUACCAAUGGGGUAUGCAAUCUAAAUCCCAUUUGGAAAAUCACGUUAAAGAUUGGACUUUCAAGUCUUACCCAAAUCUUGGCCAUUCAUCGUCUGAUAAGGAAAUGAGUGACCUGAAGACGUUUUUGGAUAAGAUUCUCCCGCCUGUUUAAUGCGUUCAACAACUUGCCUCUUCCGCCUAAUGGAAAUGCUUUUCCAUGAACCUGUACCGCUUCAUUGAAGUCGUGUUAGUGUGAGCUUGUUUUUCAUUCGAAGGGUUAUUUAAACCGUCUUCUUGAACCUUGUUGGAAAUUACUGCGACCCAUUCAAGAUUUUGUCAAUGCUGAGUCUUGAUAGUGUGUAAUGGUGUCAUAUGUUUUCGUUUUAUUUUGUUGAGGUUAUGCUCGAGGUAUACCAUUCCGAACUGUAUCCAAUUUACGGUCGUCGGAGAAAACUGGGAAAUGAAAUACGAAUACCUGCCGAAUGAUCGGACGAAAUCGCGCAUUAUUUUCUGUCAAUUCUGACAUCCAAACGUUGAAAGUAUUGAUUUGCCGAUUGUAUGAGAAUUUGAAUUUCUGCAACACUGUUGUCAAGGUGAAUAGGAUUCAUCCUCUCAUCAGUCGGUGUAUAUUAGGACUAUUCAAAAUUUACUUGAAAUGAAAAUGCCCGUCAAAACUCGAAAUUCUAUAAUUCUAUACCAACGAAGGGGAAGAAUAAUCUGGAGAUAGACUAUCCAGUGAGUAACUUAAUCAUGAAAAUCUGAAUAGAAGAAUGAUCGUUGAAAUGCAUCACGGCUUUUCGAAUGCUAUCCGUGUUCAUACCUUAUUGUUGCCGUUGAACUCGGCCAUGUCUGGAAAGUUACAUGAACCAAAAUGCUCACUCAGUAUAGAGAUCUGUCUAAGAAUGAAUAGUUAUGAAAUACUGGAGAGGAUAUUGGUAAUCAUUUAACAAUUUCUUCAUGCUUUCCUUCAUUCUUCUGUGCGCUAAAAUGCGUCUUUCAAUUUACGUAGUACUGUACUGUACUUCUUGGAACUUGGUGCUCAUGGCGAUCUCCCAACCGAAUACAUUUUCGGUCGAGACUGUUUUUCUUGCGACGAAUUGCGGUAUCUCAUGCUGCUGUAACCUUCGAUGUACAGUUAUUGCCUUGAUUGCGGUGGACGGCAAUACAGUACUCAGUCGAAAGAAA